CUUCUUUACAAGCCAAAGGGUAUGGUUCCAAAAUAGAAACCGCUCUCCUCUCUUCUCACAAAAAAAGCAAAACCAUAACAAAUAAACAGCCAAAAAUUUGAUUCCCAGUUUCGCACACAUACAUACGCAGCGCUCUAAGGAGAUUUUUCAUCUUUGUAAACAAUGGCGAAUGAUUCCGGUAACAAUCAACCGCCGUCGACAGCAGCGGCGGCGGUGUCACAAUCGCCAUCAUCUACGCCGGAUUCGUAUAUCGGAAGUUUCAUAAGUCUGACAUCGAAGUCCGAGAUUCGUUAUGAAGGGGUGCUGGACUUUCUAAAUACUAAGGACUCUUCCCUUGGCUUGAAGAACGUGAGAUCAUAUGGAACUGAGGGGCGUAAGAAAGACGGUCCGCAGAUUCCUCCAAAUGAUAAAGUUUUUGAAUUCAUUUUGUUUCGUGGGAGUGAUAUUAAGGAUUUGCAAGUAAAAUCCUCGCCAUCUCCUCAAGUGGAAGAAUCGUUGGAUAAUGAUCCUGCAAUUAUUCAGUCACGCUAUGCUGGAGUCUCCCCAAGCUCUUCAAAAUCGGUGUCACUUAAUGGUGGAUCUUUUACUGAAUAUGGCUCUUACAAGGGACCUGCUUCCUUGAAUAGUGUGCCACCUUUGCAUCAAUCGGUAAACCAGACUGAAUAUGGCGCUUCUCAGGCAACUCAAUCCAACAUGGGUUCUUAUGCAGCUCCCUCUUACCAGCAAAGAUACAGUGAACCCGCUAGCAGUCACCAUGCUCCACAAAAUUCUCUUCCACCUUCUGCUUCACAUGUGAUGAUGCAGGAUUUGAAGCAGGCUUACCCACUCCAAGGCCCUGAACAUUUCACUUCAGCUGUUCUACCAAAAAGCGUAGCUCCAGGGCCUGUGGUUACCACUGCAAAUUCUUUAUCUUUAACUAGCAGACAAGGUCUUGCACCACAGCAACUUCCUAUGGCUCCCACUACUAACAUUGUAUCUCCCUUAUUAUCUGUAACCUCUUCCAUGUCUUCUUAUGCAUAUACUCCUGCAUUUCCCCAAUCUAGUCAAACUGUGGGCAACUCUGGUGCCCCAAUCUUUUCUAGAAUAGGGUCUAAUGCUUCACCUUUAUAUCCUGUAUCCCCAGUUGUAGAUUCCUCAUCAGGUGUCUUUCCACAACAACCCCCCAGAUUGCUAACUCCGGAUCAGUUAUCUCUACCUAGUUUUUCUGGGCAAUUAUAUUUAGAUCAGAAGGACCUUGGUGUUCUCAGCUCAGAACCUCAGAAUCCCUCGUUAUCAUUUACUACUUCAGCAGUCCAAGCGCCAUUGCUGCCACUGCCACCUGCUGCAAAGAAGUUGCAAUCAUCUUCAGAGUUUACCGAAGAGUUUGAUUUUGUUGCAAUGAAUGAGAAGUUCAACAAAGAUGAGGUGUGGGGUUAUCUAGGAAAAGCAAAGCAAACAGCUAAAAAGAUGGAAGGUGUGGAUAUUGCUUUGGUCAAUGAGGACAAGGGGAAUGAAGUAGAUCAUGGCUUGGAGUCUAAUGCCGAUCCCAAACCUGCCUAUAAUAAGGAUGACUUCUUUGAUAAUAUAUCCCGCAAUACAGUUGCUCGUGGAGGUAGGAAUGGACAGAAUCGCAUUUCUCAGAGGAUGAGGCAGGAUAGUGAGACUUUCGGUAACCAUCAACAAAGGCCUUAUGCGAAUGGUGGCUAUGGGCCUGGGCCUGGUGUCUUUGGGCCUGGGCAUGGUGGCUAUGGGCCUGGACAUGGUGGGCACCGUGGUGCAUAUGGCUAUGGGCCUGGAAAUGGUGGGCACCGUGGUGCAUAUGGCUAUGGUUGGGGAAGGGGGUUUAAUAACUAUGGCGGUAGGGGCCGUGGAGGAGCGCACAUGAGGAUGUAAUAUAUUCAUUGGAGUUCUGCAUGAUGUCUGGUUAUGUUGUUUUCUGCAGUAUUCAACGCAAUGGCAGAGCAAAUCUCCCGCUAGUUUGACAUUUGCCGAGGAGUUCUUUACCAAAUGUUACCAAACUACCAAUUACUACAGUUGCACGUGUAUUUGGUAUUGUCAUUCAUGGCUGGUUCAAUUUUUUUUUGGUCCAGCGAGCCAGGUUUUUCUACAUGCUUUACACAACUAUUGCCAUCGUGUAUGGAUACCCCGGUGGAGAUUAGAGUUUUUCAAUCAGUUCACUUGUUAUCUCGUCAGAUGAAGAUUUUAUGUGUAAGUUGUCUGUUAGUUUCUUUUAUCUCAAAUUAGACUGAGGAAAUGAACUUGUCUUCUCUUCAGUAUUUAAAAACAUAAGUAGACACUUUUGUAUAAAUAAUUACAUAUAUAUGGUCGUAUUCAGUGAAUACGAACAGGAUUCUUGGAGAGGAA